AUGUUGAGUUUUUAAUUAUUUAAUGUAUUUGUUAUUCUGUCUAUGAGCAAAAGAGAGAGAAAGGGACAGACAUACAGAGGCCAGGGCCACAGAGUCAGAGAGCGACAGCUUGCAUAUAUUCAUUUUUGGUUCGUUUCGAGUAAGAAACUCAAAAUGUCCUCUGUGGUUAGCGAAACGCCGCUAAUUAACUUAGCGGAGGACCUUGAAGAUGGCGAGAUCGACGACAAAGAUGAUGAUGAUGUUGAGGAGCAGCAACAACAACAAACGCCACAAAAGCCAUCGGGUUUAGUAGCUGGCGUUUCUACUAAUGAUGAAGUCCAAUUUGUUGGCAUUGAGCAGCCGCCAAUUCACGACGAUGGCGUCAUAUUCCUGGGCAUGUCCAGCGAAACGGCAACCGGCGGCCCAUCAUCAAAUGCUAACAGCAACAAUAACAAAUCGAAGAAACCUCGGCCACUCGAAGAUGAUCAUGCGGUGAGCAUUGAGAAUGCCAUUGCCAAGGCGCUCAAAAAGGGUGGAAUUGAGCCGCCGCUGCCCAAACUGAACACAAGCAACAACAGUGACGCAGACAGCGCUGCUAACGUCGCUAUAAUCGGUGACAACAGCAGUGCCACUGUCACAAGCAGCGAUGCGGCAUUACAGCCGGCUCCAAGCCGCAGCAGUCGUCGACGCAAGCGCAAAAAGGAACGCGAACGCGAGCAAAAGAAAGAUAAGGAGCAUCAGAAACGUGCACGACGCGAUUCAAUGGACGACAUUGAUGGCGCUGCCGGCAGCAAUGAGCUUGAUAUGGAUGAGUAUGAAAUGAUGAAUGUGCGUGGCGGCAGUCCGCCGCCGGGUGGUGUUGCUGCCACCACUGCCGCAACGGUGAAUAGUGUUGGUGGCAAUCGUUAUGGGAUCGGCGAUUGGCGGGGAAUGGGAUUGGGUAAGGAUGCUGGCGUUGGCGUUCUCGGCGGCUAUGAUGCGCAGCCGGAUAUAUACAGUAGCCAUGAUUCGUAUUCGGAGGAGGAGUCACAGAAUGCGAACGUCAUCGCUGCCGUCGACGCUGCCCAGCGACAUCGCCAGCGGCGCGAACGCGAGAAGGAGACGCGUGCCGGACGCAAGCGACGCGAUCGUGAUCGCGACAGAGAUCGCGAACGGGAUCGUGACAUGGAUCGACGUCACGAUGGUGGUGGUGGAUUAGGAGGCGGCGGUGGAGGUGGAGGAGGAGGCAACAGCGGCAGCAACAAGCGCAAUCGACGCGAUUCAAUUGAUGAGAAGAUGCGCGAACCGCGCAAAUUGGAAUUGUGCAAAUUCUAUUUGAAGGAUUGCUGUGCGAAGCGGGACAAGUGCAGCUAUAUGCACAAGGAGUUCCCAUGCAAAUACUACUAUCUGGGCAUGGAGUGCUAUGACGGCGACGAUUGUCUCUUCCAUCACGGCGAACCGUUGACCGAGCAGCUGCAUAACAUUCUGCUCAAGCACAUGGAGACAGCGCCCAAGGAGAUCCUUGGCGAUUUCAAGCGCAUCUCGCGCGACGUCGCGCUCACCCAGAUGACGCGACGCCACGAACAGCUGUGCGAACAGUAUAAAGUGGAUAGCAGCUGGACAACGUUGCCCGGCGCUGGCGUUAAUCGCCUGCAGGAGCAACAGCAUGCGGCAGCAGCGAAAGCAGCCGUCCAGGCGGCCAAUCAAGUGGCCGCCAUUGCCGCGGCAAAUGCGGCUGCUGUUGCUGCUGCUGCAGCUGCAGCUGGUGUUAAUGCGACGGCGAUACCAUCGCUGCUGGACAUCGUCAUCAAGCCGCCAACGAAUCUGGCGGCGCUGGGCGAUGCCAAGCCUGAGAAAAAGCGCAAAUCGCGCUGGGCGGAAAAAGCGGCAGCGGCGGCGGGUAAAGCAACAAAUGCUACGACUCCGAUUGGAGCAGCAGCUGUCCCACCAACAGCAAUAGCUGCCACAUCAAAUCCGAGUCCGGUUGGAGUUACUAACACUGCCACUAAGCCGCUGCCCGCCCACUUGGAUCUGCUGAAUCUGACGCGGGUUCUGAGCGUGGAGCACAUGGCCAAGCUGAAUAAGCUGGGCAUCACUAAUCUGGAGCAGAUGCAGCAGGUGCCAUUCGGCCAGCUAACCAAAGUGGGUCUCACACUGCUCGAAAUUGGUGAGAUCCAGCGCAAGGUCGAGGAGGCCAAGCCGCAGGACCAAGCAGCACAAGCAACUGGUGCAUGUGCAAGUGGAGCAGCAAAAGGAGCAGCAGUUGCAGCCAGCAGCACAGCUGAGACGACAGUCAAAGCUGCUGCUACUUUGGAAAAGGAGGCAGUGUCGACUGUGGGCGGCGCCAGCAUCAACUCAAAUAGCAACAGCAGCAGUAAUCACGGCAUGGUCCUCAUGGUCGACUACACGCAAUAUCUAAAGGAUGCCCAAUGCAAUCUCCUGCACGGUAACGAUCCCCUAGACGAUGAUCGGGAGGAGGAUGAUGAGCAGCUGGUCAUCGAUGAUGGCAACGAUGAGGAUGAGGAGGAUUCCGAUGCGGAUGCGAAGGCAAAGAAGUCAUCGAAACGUCCCAAUGAAAACGAUGAGGACGCGGAGGAGGAGGGGGAGAACCAGUCUGACCAGGAGGAUACUAAGCAUAAAGUUAAGGAGGAGGAGACGCCGCCACUGCCGUCCGUUUUCGAUUUACCCACCUUUAUGAGCAAUAUGCAGGGCCAAAAGCCAGCAACAACAACACCAACCGUUUCUGGAGGCGGAAUCGAAACGAGUUCGAGUGCUGGAUCCUUCAGUAAGCUGCUGUUUGGUGAUAAAAACGAAACGGAUAUCAUACGCAAUCCGUUCAAGGCUGAAGCCGAUGACAGCAGCGACGAUUACAAUAAUUACACGAACAAUCACAAUCCCAGCAGCAACAACAACAGCAGCACCAACAUCAGCAAUGGGCCGCAUUCAAAUUCCGAUUCGCGUUCCUUGACGCCAAUACCAACGCCGGAACCGGGCUCACAGUCACCCAAGGGAUUCGACCUUGACGACGACCAACUGCAACUGCUGGAACUGCAACUAAAGCAGGAGCCAAUAGCCAUCCAACGAUCGGGUGAAUCGAUCUAUGUACGCAGCACCAUGUACGACUACGAUGCGGACAAGGCGGCCAUGGAGGAUGAGCGUUGCAGUGAGGCGAAACGUAAACGGGAUCGCGACAUCGAUAUGCGUCUGCUCCUCGAGCCGAUGAAGCAUUAUUUGCCAGCGAGGGAGAUCGAUGCGGCGAUAUUCUCGCACGUACCGAUCCGUUGGCGUAUGGACGAGGUGCUCGUCGAACCGGCCUGCUAUGCCCAGUUGCGUCAGGGUGCCUCGCACAAACAACAGCACGAGUUGCGUGAUCCUCGACUGCGUCGCAUUCUCGGCAUCGCCGAACUAUCGACUACAGAUGACCCAGUGGCUGCUGCCGGCGGCAGUAGUCAGAGUAGCCAGAGCGGCGCCGCUGGCAGCGGCAGCAGCACCCAAUUGAGUAGCAGUAGUGGCUCAGGCUAUGCAAGGGAGCGAGGCGAACGCAAGACAAGUAACUGCAUCUCAUCGCCGGAUGCACACAACAUGAUGCAUGAGUCCACGCCCAGUUCACCACCGCCACCACCAAUGCAGUCGGUGGCAGCAGAAGCAGCAGCAACAACAACAGUAGCAGUAGCAUCCACAGCAGCAGUAGGAGCAGCUGCCUCGAAGGAUCCCCGUCGCACGGAUCCGCGACGUGAUCCGCGACGUGCUCAUUUAAAUGUUGUUGCCAGCAGCACUGUUAACAGCAGCGCUAACAGUUCCACAACAGCAGCAGCAACUGGCACUGUUAACGAUAGCAGCCGUCAAAUAGCAGAGAUCCGAAAUCUGUUGCAGAUCUCCAAUUGGUACAAGAAUUUGGGGAGCAACAAUAAGAUCAUGGUGAAUCAACAGCUGGCACUGGUAUUCACCGAACUUAAGAAAUUCCACCAGCAGCAAGAGUCGCCCAACAAGAUAUUCGAUGUGAAUUUCAUUGUCAGCAAUCAGACGCUGCAACAGAUCUUUGCGAAGCUGCACAUCUACAUCGAUGACAAUGGCCUCGUCGUCCAGCUGCCCGAGGAACCGCCCCAGAAUGUUGUUGGCAAUGUUGGCAACGUUGGCGUUGGCCCCAUCGUUGUGCCCAUGCUGCCGAAUAUGUCGCAACCGCCGCCAAAUUUGGUGCAAAUGCAACUGUUACGUCAGCCGCCGCCAAAUGUGAAUCGCAUGAUGGCCAUGGGGAUGGGCAUGGCCUCGUUUAAUCAACCGCCUCCUCAACAGUUGCAACAACAGCAGCAGCAACAACAACAACUACGCGCAAAUAGCAUUUUGGGGAUGCCGCCAAAUGUGGGCAAUAUGAAUGUUAUGGGCGUGAUGAAUAAUAAUCCAUUUAAUCCGUUCGCUGGCGCCAAUAAUCUGAAUAACAUGAGCAAUCUUAAUCAGAUGAAUAAUCUUAAUAUGAAUAACAUGAACAAUAUGAAUAACAUGAGUAACAUGAAUAACAUGAAUAACAUGAAUAACAUGAACAACAUGAACAACAUGAAUAACAUGAAUAACAUGAAUAACAACAUGAAUAACAUGAACAACAUGAAUAACAUGAAUAUGAAUAAUAUGGGCGUACCAUUCAAUGGCGGCGGACCGCCCGGCUUUAAGAAUUUUGGUGGGCCAAAUGGUAAUAAUGGCGGCAACCAGAAUCAUGGCCGUCAUUUUGUUGGCGGUAAUAAUCGCAAUCGCGGCGGCGGCAUUAAUCGCAAUCGUAACAACAACUAA